AUGGCUGGUGUUCGAAACGUUAUAAAUGAUUUGCGAGUUCAGCAGGAAAAUCUACAAUCGAAAAUAGAGGAAGUGGAGGCUGAAAUAAAGAACGCUGAGGAAGAGAAUUACAAAGAAACUUUGCUCCAGCAAAAAAUCAGGAAGACUGCGGAGCAGGAAAAGGCGAAGCUUGAUAAGAUCCUUAAGCUUGAGGCACAGUAUUCUGGUCUUAAUGAAUCACCUGAAAGUCUUACGGCGAAAAGCAAAGACGCAUAUGAGAAACAGGAAAAGUUGCUUGAUGAGUUGAAGGAAGCUCAACAACAGGCUAAUAAGAAUGAUAUGAUGUAUGAAGAACUUAAAAAGCGUCUUGUACAUAUGGAACAAAAUCGCGACAGAAUGGAACAGCGCGCUGCACUUAAAGAAGCUGAGGCUAAGCGUUUGGAAGAGGGCUUUAAAGAUGCCAAUUCCCAGGUGGAAGUUUUAAAAUCAAAAGAUUUUGAGAAUGAUACCGAUUUGAUGGACAAAGUCUCCGAAUUGCAGAAGAAACUGGAUGAGGCCAUUCGGACUGCAGAGACGUCUGAACGUGUUGGAACAGCUUUUGGACAAUCUAUUGAAAAUCUCAAGCAGCAAAUUGCAAAGCAGCGUGAAGAGAAUGAGAAAAUAAGGAAAGAGAUGGAGAAAAUGAACGAGGUCCUUGAAAUUACUGAACCUUGA